ACCAUCUGCAAAACACAUCUUGCGCCUUAAGCAAAGGCAAUUCUACACUUGGGCACUCGAAACAAUGGCUUCCUCCUCUUUUCAUGCUCCCACCCUGGUCUCCAUUUUAGUGCUUCUUCUCGGCAAUUCCCGUGCUCAGCUCACCCCUGACUUCUACGAAGACUCCUGCCCUGACCUCCUCAACAUAGUUCAGGCUCAGGUUGAGAUUGCUGUUCAGAACGAGAAGAGGAUGGGAGCUUCUCUGCUUCGCCUGUUCUUCCAUGAUUGCUUCGUUAAUGGAUGUGAUGGCUCUAUUCUUCUGGAUGAUACCCCAACAUUAAUUGGCGAAAAGAAUGCAGCUCCAAAUGCAAACUCCGUCAGAGGGUUUGAGGUGAUUGAUGUCAUCAAGGCUGCAGUUGAGGAGGCCUGCCCUGGUGUUGUAUCCUGUGCUGACAUCCUAGCCAUCACUGCUAAAGACUCUGUUGUUCAGUUGGGAGGCCCUGAUUGGGAAGUGAAGCUUGGGAGGAGAGAUGCCAUGACGGCCAGCCAAGCUGCAGCUAACAGCAGCAUCCCACCACCCACAAGUAACCUGGAUCAACUCAUCUCUAAAUAUGCAGCACAAGGGCUCUCUGCGCAAGAUAUGGUUGCUCUAUCAGGUGCUCACACCAUUGGCCAAGCAAGGUGCACCACCUUCAGAAAUCACAUUUAUCAAGAAACCAACAUAGAUAGCUUCUUCGCUAACACAAGGAAGCCAAAUUGCCCAGGCACACCAGGCCAAGGAGACAACAAUUUGGCACCUCUUGACAUCCAAACUCCAACACUCUUUGACAACAGCUACUUCGUCAACCUGGUCGCCAUGAAGGGCCUCCUUCAUUCUGACCAAGAGCUCUUCAAUGGCGGCUCCACGGACGCCAUAGUUCAGAACUAUAGCCAAAACCCAGAUGCCUUCAUCCAAGACUUCAUCACAGCCAUGAUCAAGAUGGGAGACAUCAAUCCUCUUACUGGCUCCGAUGGAGAAAUCAGGACCAACUGCAGGCUGGUGAAUUAGAAAGAGCUUGUGGGCUUUCUUGAUCACUUCUUGGUCAGAAAAGAUAUGCAUCAGCAGUGAAUAAUUUGCAUGGCUACUGUGACCCAACCCUCUUGGAAAUUAUUGCUUUCUUAAUGUAUUCUUUCGCAUUUUCCAGUAAACAAUGAAUAAAAAGUGUGGUUUUGUCCUUGUUUAAGGGCAAGAUCUUCUUACCGUCUUGCGAAAUUAAA